CUCAAGCAUCGUGAACUGAAAUGCAAAUGCAAUACUGGCUUACCCAACUCUGCCUUUUCACUCUGAAUUCUGAAUUCAGUACAGGUUUCACUGUUGCAGAACUCUAGAAUGUCAAUGAGGAAGAAUGUAUGCUUUUUCUUGGCCUUUUCAGUCCUGGUUAUUGUCUUUCAAUCAGCUGAUGCAUAUGAUCCACUAGAUCCAUUGGGGAAUAUAACAAUCAAAUGGGAUAUCAUGUCCUGGACUGCAGAUGGCUAUGUUGUGGCGGUGACCAUGCACAAUUUUCAGCAGUACAGACAUGUGCCGAGCCCUCCUGGAUGGACAUUGGGGUGGGCAUGGGCGAAAAAGGAGGUGAUCUGGUCCAUGGUGGGUGCUCAGACGACAGAGCAAGGCGAUUGCUCUAAAUGGAAAGCAAAUAUUCCCCACUGUUGCAAGAAAACUCCGACUGUUGUGGAUCUGCUAGCAGGGGUACCCUACAACCAACAGUUUGUCAAUUGCUGCAAAGCAGGGGCGUUGGCAUCAUGGGCUCAGGAUCCUCCCAACUCUAUUGCAUCCUUCCAAAUCAGUGUUGGUAAUUCAGGAAACACUAACAAAACUGUGAAAUUGCCUAAGAAUUUCACUCUAUUGGCACCCGGACCAGGUUACACUUGUGGCCCUGCCAAAAAAGUUCCGGCCAGUUUGUUCUUCACUCCAGAUCGCCGACGAACCACGCAAGCUCUAAUGACAUGGAACGUAACAUGCACUUAUUCUCAAUUCCUGGCUCAGAAGAAUCCAACUUGCUGUGUUUCAUUCUCUUCAUUCUAUAACGACACCAUAACGCCAUGCCCCAAUUGUGCUUGCACCUGCCGGAAAAACCUCACUCAGCCUGGCUGUAUUGAGAGUGAUUCACCCAUUUUGAAGAACCCAGGGAUAAAUUCCCCCACCAAGAAUCUGAUGCCUCUGUUACAAUGUACACGUCACAUGUGCCCAAUCAGAGUACACUGGCAUGUCAAGCUGAAUUACAAAUCGUACUGGCGAGUGAAAAUCACCAUCACCAAUUUCAACUACAAAAUGAACCACACCGAUUGGACAUUGGUUGCUCAGCACCCAAAUUUCAAUAAUGUCACCCAGGUGUUCAGUUUCAACUAUAAGCCAUUGACUCCUUAUGGCUCUAUCAAUGACACUGCAAUGUUUUGGGGAGAGAAGUUCUACAAUGACAUGUUAAUGCAGGCUGGAGUGAUGGGCAGUGUGCAGUCAGAAGUGCUGCUUCGGAAGGACAAAGAAACUUUCACAUUGAAGCAGGGAUGGGCUUUUCCUCGGAGAUUAUAUUUCAAUGGAGAUGAAUGUAUUUUGCCACCACCAGAUACAUAUCCAUGGCUCCCAAAUGCCACUCCACCUACUCUGCGCCCACACAAUCUCUCUGUUUUCAUCAUGAUUUUCAUUGCAGCAGCUUCUUUAUUCAUCCUAUGAGAAUCUUGGCCAUUCAAAUGUAUGUGUGGGAGAGAUCCAAAGAUUCAGGGAGCCAUGCUCAUCAUAACCAUUAUUCAUCUUGUAGUAAAAACUAGAUUUAUUGUAAUUUGCAUAGCGUGGAAGCAUCUUUUUGCACUCAUUGUUCUUAGGCCCAAGAAACAGUGAAAAGACAGUUUAUUGUAUUAAAAAUGUCUUGGUAAUUUCCCUUCAACUGUGCUGCUCACUGAAGUGGGGAAUUAGAAAGAAUCAGACCCAUUUUAAUUAUUAAAAAGAGAGGAUUAUUUGUAGUUGAUGUGCAAAACAUAUGUAUAUGGGUGAAUUUUGUAGAAAAUCUAUGGAUAUUUUAUGAGUUCAUAUU